GUAGCGUGUGCGCGCGCGCGCGAGAACGUUUGUGCAACACAUUAUCCACUGUGUAUCUAAAUAUCUACGCCAGCGCGAAGUGUGUAGUGCACCUCGUCGAUUUUUGGCCGACGCGAGUCGUAUCGUGCAUACGCGAUAGUGUUUUUCCCGGUAUCAGGAGUCGUGUAAACGACUCGUUCUUGCAGAGACUCGACAGAGAGUCUCCGUUUUGCUUCUUUACGAAGCGCCAACGGACUAAGGGAACGUCAACGUCGGCCGCAACCUAUAUUUGUGUACUACAUGGAAGGGCCAUGUAACCUACGCUAGUGAAGUGUAGCAAAUGGAAGGUUUUAAGGUGAAAGAUGAACCGAUGGAUGCAUUAGCCAUAGACAGUCAGGUUAUGGAUGAGAACAUUGUGAGCGUCGUGCUUAAAGAGGAACCAGGUGACAGAUUCGAUCCCGACUACAUGGAGGAUAUUUGCUCUGGUACUUUCGAGAAGGUAUUUCUGCCUAUCGAAAACAAUGAAGUGGAUUUCUCCAACGAAAUGGUAAAGUUAGAGUUGGAAGGAGAAUCUACCAGUCAUCAUAAUUGGACGGCACAAAUAAAUGCUAAUUUAUGCGACAAGGAAGAUAGCGUAAUGCAACGAUGUUUGGCUAACACAAAUUUUCUACAAGCACAAGACCCUGAGAAGCACCACGGAUUUUGUCAGAACGGACAACAAGCAAAAUUUUACAAAAUACAAUGCUCAAUUUGUAAGAAGUGGUUUCUAAACAAUGAUUCCAUGGUAACACAUUUAAGAAUGCAUUGCAGCGGAAGUCAGUGUGAGGUUUGCCAGCAGAAUUUCCCCGAUAACUCCAGUCUGCACGCCCAUAUGUUGACUCAUGUUGGAAUGAGCCCAUUAGAGUGCAAUAUCUGUCAAAAAAGAUUCGCUUAUAAAUGGUGCUUAAGAAGUCACAUGCAACUACACGUAUUGGAUAAACCGUACGAUUGCGAUGCGUUGCAGCAAGCUUUUAUGAAGCGGGCAGGUAUGAACGAUCAGAUGAUGCAUAUGGAGGAGAGACCUUUUGAGUGUGAUGUGUGCCACGCGUCGUUUAAGGAGAAAAUUACUUUAAAUCGGCACAUGUCCAGCCACGUGGGAGAUAGAUCCUAUAAAUGUGAAAUUGCGGCAUUUAGAGAAAAGGCAAAACUGAAUAUGCACAUGCCGCUUCAUAUGGGGAAUAAGCAAUUCAAGUGUACGUUGUGUCACAGAGCGUUCGCUCAAAAGGCAGCGCUCAACAAUCACAUGUUGGCCCAUAGCGGCGAAAAGCCGCACGCGUGCAACGUUUGUGAGAAAACGUACAAGAGAAAAUCAGAAUUAAUUAGGCAUACUAUGGUUCACACCGGCGAGAGACCGUACGAGUGUAAGGAAUGUUUGAUGACUUUUCGUGAAAAAGCCAAAUUAAAUUCCCACAUGCUGGUGCACACGGGAGAAAAGCCGCACGAGUGUCACAUUUGUCAUAAAGCGUGCGCACGGAAAUCAGAUUUAAAUAGCCACAUGUUGCUGCACACCGGUGGUCAAUACGACUGCAAGGUCUGCGAUAAGAUUUUCACCAGGAAGUCGGAUCUGAAUAGACACACUCUGAUACACACCGGUGAGAAGCCGUUUGCGUGCGAUCUGUGCGAUAUGGCAUUCAGGGAAAAAACCAGAUUGAACUCUCAUAUGAUCAUACAUACGGGCGACAAGCGGCAUGCCUGCCACAUUUGCAGCAAAAGCUUCAAGGAGAAAUCGUCGUUGAGGAAACACAUGUUAACCCACACCGGUGACAGACCGUACGAAUGCUAUGUGUGUCACAAAGCCUUCACGCAGAAGACUACGCUAACCAGCCACAUUCUGGUUCACGCCGGUGAGAGACCUUUCGAGUGUAGUUCUUGUCAGAAAAUAUUUAAAGACAAAGCAGCGUUGAAAAAACACUUGUCGAUGCACGUUAACGAGAAAACUCAUGAAUGUCUUAUCUGUAUGAAAAAGUUCGCUCAUAAGACGGCAUUAAAUAAUCACUUGUCCACGAGCCACAUAUCCUAACUACACGGAUCUAGUCUAUUACAGCUUUCUGUUUCUUUACAUUGAGCACCGUAUGUUUGUAGUUGUAUAGCAUAUUUCCAAUAAUUAUAUCCUACCUAUAUCUGUUUUAUAUGCCAAUAGGUGCGAAAGUCGUAUUUUUUCCUGUGUGUAUGAAGAUAAUAAAUUAAUUUCUAAGUAAUAACUGCCAGUCACUUUACGCUCCUACCUAAGGACGAAUGAAACCAUUAAAACGCUUAUAUUUCUUACAUUCCAUCUUGAAACUAAUAUUGUUAGAUCUAUAAAUCUAUAAAAAUCAAUAAAUACACAAUACGUCGUUGAUAAAAGAAACAGAAAGUAUAAUUUAUGUUAUUCCGCUAAAUUGAAAAUGAUAACGGACGCAUAAAAAUAAUGGGUAAUAAGCCACUGCAUAACGUUUAUUUAAUCCAUGUAUACGAGAGAAUUAUAUUGGUAGUAAUUCUGUAAUUUUUAGCAAUUGUGAGCUAGAUAUAGUCAAUCAUACCUGAAAUAGUAUGACAAGAUUCUAUAAUUUUAUAUAAAUAAUACUGUAUGUCGAGUUGAACAAUUGCGAAAUCAACAAAUUAAAAUUAACUAAACAUAGGGUUAUGAUGCGUCAAACAUGUUGGUGGCCAUUUACAAUUUAUAUUUUGAAUUUAAGUUAUCAUCACAGAUUUUUCGAUUAACAUUACAAAGUCUAUAUAUAUAUAUAUAUAUAUGUAUGUAUAUAUAUUGAUUUUGUAAUGUCAAUCGAAAAAUCUGUCGUGAAAUCUAAUUUAGCAAUUUUUUAUUUUUCAAAAUACGAUGUCACCUAUGCAUAUAGCCAGAGAAAGAAAAUUUCAUACAUCGGAACCAGACCAUUACUUCUAAGCCGUGUUUUUAAACAAACACAUCUGGUUUCAUGUCAUAUCCAAUAUUGCCGCGACUAUCUACAAUUGUCUCAAUUUUCCCUCCCUCGAUUAUUAUAUUAACUUUUGUCCAUACCUCUAUUUAGCGCAUUACUCCAAUGGGCUCUUUUCCAGACCUAAAUUAUACAUAAAUACAUGUAUAAAAAAAAGUUGUAAGUUCCCAAACUGUCAUAUUAAACAUAGCAUUAUGCAUAGCAUAAAAUAACAAAUAAGGUAAAAUUUAAUGUAAAUGUUAGGAUAUAUUUGAAUCCCGAAAGCCUUAUGAGAUCUACCUAGAUGAUCAUCUCUAAUUAACGACUCAAUGUUAUUUGGUAGACUAUAGCAAUAAGUGUUAUCCAAGAUCAGCGAUAUCUUAGAAUAUUUUGAAUCAUGACGUGUGAAAAGUAGAAAUAAGUACAUACAUAUACAAAUAAUUGUUGCGAUUUGCGUGUACAAAAAUGAUGUUUUAUCAACUAAAUUGCUUUAUCUCGAUAUGUGAUACGAACUUGGUAAACUAAACGAUUAAUGAAUAUCAUAAUAGCUGCCCUGUUGAAAGAAACCAGGUGGGAAUCCACAUAGGAAAGGUCUAUAUGGAAUCCCAUGUUUGCAUUAAUUUAUAGAAUCUAUAAUAUCUGAUAAUGAUAGUUUCUGCGAUAUACCUAUCUGCGAUUUUGCGCCAAAAUCUGAAGUCCUAAGUAGGAACCCCUGUAAAUUCCUACAUAAAUUUUCACAAACCAUGUGGAUUCCUAUAUGGAUUUUUAUUAUUCUAUAUGGAUUCACAUGACUUCCUAGUGGAUUUUCAUGGCAAUCCACCUGGAAAUUUUCAACAGGAUGUUUAUCAAUAAUUUAAUAGUAGUUUCAAUGUAUAUGUGGUAUUCCAAAUUAUUUUCAUGCUAGUAUGUAAUAUCAUUGGCUGCAAAAUUACCUGGACGAGUUGUCUCUCUGAAUUAUAUUCUAAAUUAUUCGAUUUGAUAUAGUUUUAACGAGAUUAAAGCUACAUCAAUUGUUAUUAACUUGUUACUAACAAGUCAGCUUAUCCAAUUUACAUAUUUGAACCAAUAAUAUCAAUAUAAACGAAAUUAACACGGUAAUCUUCAUGAUUCUUAUAGCACAAUGGACUCGCAAUGGAAAGCCUUAACGAAGACAGCUGACCCUAUGCAUUCAAGAUAUCCUUUUAUAUAAUUCUCAGCGAGUUAUGAUUAUAUUUGCACUGUAAAAAAUAUCUGAUUAAUAAUUCGUUUGCAUGUACCGGGUGGACGGUAUGGAUCGUCUUUCAGAAUGUUCUUUUGGAAUGUUAGAGAUUAAUGUUACCAUCUAUGUGUGCGAGAUGGAAUUAAAUUCUCCAUUUAUAUAUUUGUAUAAAUUAGUUAAGAUAUGUUUCGAUUGAAGCAAUUUUAUUACAAAGACGAAAGUAUUAUAAUAUCGAUGUAUUUUUUAACGGACCAUCCUAUAACGACUUAUCGUGCUGAGAGCUUUCGAACGCUGCAAUUCGAUGUGGCCAAUUUAUCGAUCACAUAACAGAUAAAUAGCGUUUGCAACGUAAAUAAACACGCAUAUAGUUCUAGGAUGCUUGUUUACUUUCUAUUAAUCAAUCGAAAUAAGCGUACUGAUGAAUAGUGUACAUACAAGGUAAAAAUUCUAUUUGUCCACGGUCGUAUUAU